GUAUUGAAUAAUUGAUUUCAAAAGGGAGGGGCGGUUCCUAUCAGAUCUGAGCAUAAUGACUUUAUAUAAUUAGCACGCAGCGCUGAAAAAACCAUUUGACUGUGGGAGUUUUUUCUUUUUUUCCCCAUCUCAUGUAGAGGGAGGGAGCUGCGUGGAGGCAGACUCAGCAGAGGGGCUCAUUUGAGAGGAACAGCCGCAGCCCGUGCAGAUACAGACAUACUUCUGCUCUGACAUCAGCCAACACUGAGUACAGCCGCUCAUGAUUUGAGGACAUCUCUCCUGCUCGGCAAGGUGAGAGUCGUGGGCGCUAUUUGCAUCCAACCACAGACUAUUUUCACCCACUCUCGAGAUCCGAAUAGCGGCUGUUUUUUUCCGGGCUUUCUUCGGGGACGAUGAGGAGCAGAAGCGAAGUUUGAGAGACUUCAGGCUGAUAACAGAAAUUUACGCUCUGCGUCGAGGCGGUCUGUGUUCAUUAUCGCUUGUCGUGGCGUAAUCUUGCACGCAGGAGAAGAAGGAGUGGUAUUUCUUCUGUUUCUGGUUUGUAGUCUUUUCUCCUGAAGGAUGGUGCUGGACAAGGAGGAGAGUGUGUCUCUUGUGUCCCUCCAGUCCAGAGAGAAGCCAAGAGGAUGCGCUGGCUGUAAUGGAAAAAUCCGGGACCGCUUCAUGCUGCAGGCACUUGACAGGUUCUGGCAUGAGGACUGUCUAAAAUGUGCCUGCUGUGACUGCUGCCUGGGCCGGGUGGGCUCCACCCUCUACACCCGGGCCAACCUCAUCCUCUGCCGCAGAGACUAUCUGAGGCUCUUUGGGGUGACGGGGAACUGUGCAGCCUGCAGUAAGCUGAUCCCUGCCUUUGAGAUGGUGAUGAGAGCCAGAGACAACGUCUACCAUUUAGACUGCUUUGCCUGUCAGCUCUGCCGCCAGAGAUUUUGUGUGGGAGACAAGUUUUUCCUCAAGAACAACAUGAUCCUGUGCCAGCUGGACUAUGAAGGAGGCCAUCUUAAUGGCAGCACUGAGAGGCAGCCGCAAUAAGAGAUCAGGAGAAGUACCACAGUGAGCCAGCUGGACCAUGAAACUCACAGCAGCACACUCUUCAUCAGCCUUUUGCUUCAGACUGAACUCCGUAGGGUGGGGGGGAAAAAAAAAAAAAAAGAUAGGGCACAUUUGCAGCCCAUGUUUGAACUCUUUGCUAUAGAGCUGCAUGGUUGCUUCCCUAAAAACUGAACUAAAAACAUUUCUGUUCGCUUGGAUUAGAAAGCAUCCAGGAAGAGAAAGUGAAGAAAUGCCUAAACCAUCAGGAGGAUGUUUUCCAGAGAACUUGCUGUGAUUGUUGAAAAGAAAGAAACGGUUUACAGGUCAUUUGUUGAGUCAGUUUCACCAAACGUGAAACAUCUAAAGGAGUGAAGCCAAUCACAGAACCAACAAGCUGAUUUAAGAAAGAAGAGCACACAGUUUCCUAUGAUGGUGAGAUUGCUCUGCCUCCCCCGUCUCUCCUUAAAAA